AUGGAACAUGACUGUUAUCAUCGAAGCCGCCGACAACAGACAAUUGUAUACUUCGAGCCUCGAUCUCCGUAUGCUACCAUAGUGCAUUUUCUUGUAACUUUCAGUGGCAACCAUGAUCUCAACGCUCUUCAGUUGCCUGUCAGUCUUGACAUCAAUAUUCAUCCGUUACCCCUGAACUCUGCCGCAGCUUGGAUAGUCUAUCUACACACAGGACUAGGAGUCAUCAUCCUUCCGAUGGUGACGUUCUUUGACAAUUUUUUCCUUGGAGGAUCAUCUGGAAUGACUCGGAGGAGGGGGCAAUAUUUCAGAACAGGAAUGUCUCAGCUUGAAAUCGGAGAACAGGGUGAAGAAGUUAUGAAUAGUGAGUAUUGGCAGAAUAGGCCAGUGGCUGAGCCUGAAGGCCGUCGUCGUUUGUCUUCAAAGUUUAGAGAAUUCCGAAGUUCGUGUUUCUCUAAUCUUUGAUAAAGCAUGUCCACGAAAACAAGUCAGCAAGGCUUGGAUAUUCGCUCAGGGUCAACAGAGGGCAUUGAGCUCUUCGCGUGGCAGAUGACUUGCGUUAAGAUAUGUAAUAUGAACCAGCCUCAAUGUAUUCCAAUUACAACCUUUAC